AUGGUCGACCCCGGUGAAUAUGUCCCUGCCGAACAUGGCCACGGUGCAGUCGGCAAAGCUCCUGGAACUAAUGGCCAAGUUAGCCCGCCUUUAAAGUCCGUAUGGCUCGAAGCUUUCGCUGAUCCUGUGGCCGGAGUCUCUGCCUACACACCCUGCGUGCAUACGUGCAAUUUGUUUGGAGAUGGCGAUGAUCGACUGGUCAUCGCUGAUGAGGACCGAAAGCUGAAGGUUUGGAAGGGCACGCAAAAGGCCUCGGAGCACCAGCUCUUGGACACGCCUGUGGCGAUAUGCAGCUUCAUCUCAGAUAACUCCCAGCCGCGCUUGCCGGCUCUGGCGGUAGCGGCAGGCUCUCACAUCUACAUCUACCGCAAUCUGCGUCCCUAUUACAAGUUCGUCCUGCCCCCGGAGAACGUGAACACGGAGGAGCAAGACAUAUGGUGGGGAGAAACGGGAGACGGGAUGAAACCUGCCGUUGUCCAGCAUCCAGUGGCUUUAUAUCGUACGCACGACGCGGGUGUGGUUCUGCAGACCCGCUCCCUGCAGUUGAUGAACAUCGGCGACCCAGAUGCCAAGAUGGCCUUUGUGGAGCACUGGCAAGGCCAGCCGCUGGUUGCCACCACCGUCAUCACGUGCAUGGAUGUCAUCAAGCAAGCCAUUGACGAGCCUGACGCCGUGAGCUGCAUGGUUGUGGGUACUGAGAGUGGGCGGGUGCUCAUUAUUAACGCAGCGGGCACCGCCAUCGUUAAGAACAUCUGGGUGGGCAUUACACCUGCCAUGAUUGCGGUACAGGGCGAGCUGGAUGUGGGUUAUCGCAUCACCGUUGCUGGCCGUGACGGCAAGCUGUACCACAUUCGCAACGGAGAACUCACCCAGACCAUCAUUCAGCUGGAAGCGCAACCCGUGGGCCUGGUCCGACUCUCUAAACACGUCGCCGUGGGGUGCAUGAACGACGUGAUCCACGCCUACCAGCCCAACGGCCACAAGUCCUGGUCCAUCUACCUGCCCUGCCACAUCCUGGCCAUGCAGCGAAUGGAGGUGACCAGUCAGAGAAUGACCAAGGCACUGGUAGUGGCGCUGUCAAACGGCGAGGUCCGUGUGUACAAUGAGAAGCUGCUCGUGAGCAUCCACACAGUGCCCAAUCCGGUUACCGCCAUGUGGUUCGGGCGGUAUGGACGGGAGGACAACACACUCAUCACCAUCACCAAGAGUGGAAUGCUGGACAUCAAGAUCCUCCCGCGGACAGCCAACCUGGAGGUCGGGGCGGUGGGCGGCGGACCGCCACCCGAGCAGGAAAUUCCCCUGGCAGUUCCCAAGAAGACCCGGUUGUACGUGGAGCAGACGCAGCGGGAGAGAGAGCAGGCUGCUGACAUGCACCGCACCUUCCAACGCGAUCUGGCCAAGCUGCGGCUCACCACAGCCCGGGCGUACGUCAAGGUCCUCACGGAUGGACAGGGCGCCGCUGCCUUCACCACCAGCACCAACCUGUCCCUCUCCCUCGCCGUGGCGGGUCUGGGUCCCCGCUUCCGACUGUCGCUGCUGCUGCGCAACGAGAGCAGCAAGCAGAUGCUGGAUGUGCCCGUAGUGCUGCGAGCUGAUCCGGUGCUGUAUUCGCUAGGCAAAACCCAGUUCGUGAUACCGCUGCUGGUGCCGGGGCUGCAGUACACGUACGAGAUCCCAGUCACCGCACUGGACCCGCUCCAGGGAAGUGACAACGUGGUGGUGCUGCUGCUGGCGCCGGGGGGCUCAUCAAGCAGUGCACCCCUGCUGCAGGCGACCAUCAAGAUGCCGGUCAGUGAGCCGGAGGACGUGUGA